AUGGCACUCGCCGGCAAGUCAAACGAGAGUAAGCGGCUACCUGAUCCUCUUCCUCCCAAUGGGAAUCGGGCAAGUAGUUUUAUAGGGGGUUUCAAUCCCGAAAAGUUGGCAGCGAACGCGCUACUUGACGCGACGAAACGACAACCCAUACACAACGGACAACCCAUUCCGAGCAGCAAGGGCGUAUCGUCCCCACUACAAAAUCCGCCUACCUUUGUGGUGACCAUGCCAUCUCCUCGGUCGGGGAAACAAUCGUUGACGAUGCAGCACGCGCUCAAUACCAUGGCACCGCCAGUCAACUCUUCACCAUCGUGUCCUCACUCAGAUUCCUUCCUUUCCCCUGGCAUCAUGGCCCAUCCCUCUAUCUCUGUGGGAAUGCGUCCGCGUCCAACACUUGAUGUUACACCUAAGUCUCGUCCGCGUGCUGCUUCUCUACCCCCUUCCCCAUUAUCACCUCCGGUAUUCAAGAACACCACACAAUGUAGCAGCAUGACAAAGCUCGGGAAGCAGUGCUCCCGCCAAGUCAAGCUUCCGUCGACCCACUCUCAUAUCGACCCAAUACCUGUCGUGUAUUGUCAUCAGCACCGUGAUGCAAUGUUUCAUGCGCAGACUGGGUUUUAUGUCAGACGGAAAGGCAUGGCCGAUACAUUUGUAGAAUUUAGUGGUGAGCACCACAUUCAUCUCGCCCGACACGCUCUUCAAUACAGGGCAGAUUAUAUACCACAAUACCUCCAACGCGAUACCCAGCUGGCGCUUAGAGUCGAAAUGGAGAAAGCUGCUUCUACUUCGGACGUUCCCGGUUAUAUUUACACGUACGAAAUUCGAGACCCGAAGCGUCUUAAUAUAAUUCAGCUCAAAGUCGGGCGCGCUGUAAAUCUCACAAAGCGAUUGGAUCAAUGGGGAAAACAGUGCGGUUCGAAGGUGCCAAUUGUCCGGGGGUGGUGGCCAGGCACAGUUGAAGACGAAAGUGACGAUGACGGCACUAAUGGGAGCCUGCUUACAGGAAACAUCAAGGCGGGAGAGCCGGGGCCAUUGUGCCACCGUGUGGAGAGGUUGGUACAUAUAGAGCUUGCGGACUUGGUGGUCCACACACCAUACCUAGACCCCAAGUUUCCGAAAGUCGACAAUUCAGACACCUCUCCUUCUACUUCGGGGUCGCCGAAGAAGGCUACAAUGAAGCCCUGUCUUGAUUGUGGUGCUAUGCACAGGGAAAUAUUCGCAUUUCCACGUCCUGACAAGGGACGUUACAAGGGGCGAGAGUGGGAACUUCUCGUGAAACCCGCCAUCGAGAAAUGGGGCAAAUUUGUAUCAGAAUACUAUGCUUGA